AUGGUUUCAGAAUGGUGGCAGGAUUAUAAGAAUCUCUUCUCCUUUGCCAAUCGUACUUUGGAAAGCCUUGACGGUAUGAAUGCUUGCUUUCACCUCCUGAAAGAGGGCUCCCCAGUCUUCAGUGAUGACUCUGUACUGGUUCGGGCCAGGAUUCUUCAGGAACUUCAGACCGUUGUGGCAGAUGACAGGGUCGAGGUUCUGGCAGCGGACAGCCCACAGCGCCUUGCGGUAUUAAGAAUGUCUUACGCCAAUUGGCACGCGGUGGGCCAGCACGGCCAAUCCUUCAGAGCCUUAUGGACCGGGGUCCGUGUGCAGGGUGACAUUGUCAUCUUGGACACGACCACGGGACCUGCAUUCUUGACGUCGGAUGUUGCAUUUCGUGAGCAUGAAACCAUACAAGUCGCAGAGCUGUUCAGCGGGGGUUUCGCCGGCUGGUCUCAGGCUUCCUGGAUUAUCUCCAAUAUGGGUGCCCCGGUUAGAACCAGCUGGGUUUUGGACAUAGAGGACCACCUGUUGCCUCCCCUUCAGGCCAUGGAUCCUAGCUUGCAGAAAGCAGAGAGCCGUCGGGAGCUUGACGCAUUGGACGUUGAGCAAGGCCCUGUUGCACUGCUCGCCAACGCUGAGCAUACUUGGUGGCACGGCAUUUGGGCGCGAGCGGCACCCCAUUUGCUUGCGGUUUCGCCCCCUUGCCAACCAUGGAGUGGGGCCGGAAGUGGCCAAGGACUUGAGUCGCCUGAUGGACGCUUGCUCUUGCUUGUGGCAGCGGUCAUGACAGUGGUCCGUGUCCCCGUUGUCUGCAUUGAGGAAGUUGCAGGGUUCUCGUCACAUGUGCAUUUCGAUGUAGUCAUGGCCGCUUGGCGUGAGGCCGGGUAUGACCUGGUGGCACGGCAGGAAUUGCAGCUGGCUGAGGUUGCCCCUACUUGGCGCCGCCGCCUGAUGCUGAUUCUGGUGCACCGGGAGACUGGUCCUCAGGUGCCGGACAUGCCUUGUUUCGUGCCUUGGCAACCAGUGCCGCGCCCAAGCUUAGCGCUGAUGAAGGCCUACUUCCCGAUCCUCCCAAGUGGGCUUGCCACACCGUGUCAGUUGAGCCGGGAGUUGCUGCAGGUGUAUCUUGAUCCUUGGUACAUGCCGCCGAAUCAGAAAACUGAUGCCGCCUCGGUGCGUGCCUUCCGGCUGUGUAACCCACACCAACGGGCUAAAUGUUUCAUGGCGGCGUACCACAGACAGCAUGAACUCCCUGAAGGACUCCUCACCCGGGGCGGUCUCCUUUGCAGUCUGCUUACUGUUGGCGAGGACACGCGAUUCUUCUCUGCCCCGGAGAUUGCUUCCUGCCACGGCGCAGUGAGGACACAACUCUUACUCCCUGAUGAUGAGCAGUCUAUGCGCAUACAUGGAAACGCCCUGGCAGUGCCCCAGGCUGCUUUGACGCUGUCUAAUGCACUGUGCUGGCUGGCACCGCACUUUCACCUAGACCCCGCUGAGGUUGUGCGCCAAUGCCUGGAGGCAAGACUGCAUUGCCAGAAUAGAGAGGAUUGGACCCCUCCAAUGCAGAUCAAGCGUGCAACUGUGCUGAACAUUCCGACUGUGUCUGCCCCCGCCGCCUGUCUGAGUGCAGGCGUUGCCAAUCGCCAGGGUGUGCGGGACCUCUCCUUGCUCUACACGCCUACUGCUCGGGUGUUGAUACAUAAAGCUUGUCCAGAUGUGCUCCACCAGCUCCGCUGGGUCUUCGAAAAUUGUCGGGCGCAUGGUCUAAGUGUUGCCUGCCUCACCUGUUACGGUGUGCCUCUGCCGGCAGUUUGCGACUUUCCAGAUGCCGCCUUCGUGGUUACUGAAGCCGAUGAUCUUUUCUUCCGGGCCCUUCAGCUUAGAGUGGAGCCCCAGCAUGCUGUUGAUUGGUGGUUGCAGUUGCCUUGCCAUCUUCUGGAGUGCCUCGGUUGGCGAGGUGCGUCUGCUGACCCCUCCGACAAGGAGGACAUGUGCGUUCAAUUCCAGGCCGUUACCUCCACGCCUGUGUUGGCCCUUCCACAGCUCAAGUGCUACCUUCGCGAUUUGUACUACCUGUCCCAGGUUCGGGCGGAUGCUCGGCACGAAACUUCGACAUUGUAUGGUCGGCUUCUCUGGACGGGUGAUGUGCCCGGGGAGCUCACAGCUGCCUGUCUUGCGAAGUUUUGGCACAAUGCAUGCAGGUGUUUCGGGUGUUGGCCGACCGCCCAGCUUUACUCCGGCCCUUUCCCAGUCGACUAUGCCUGCCCAGUUGAGCAUCUCGCCGCCCGUGGCCGGGUUCAACUCAAAGGCCCACGCCGGCUGUUGGCCCUCACGGUCCUUCCCGAGACUCGUGGAGGUGGCGUCAAGGACGAGCAAAUUCAGCUCGCGAAGAGCCGGUGUGCCAGCUUGCUCCUGGAUCGGGGAGUUUCCCUCGCUGAGGUCAGUGUUGCUGUGGAUCGAUUGGUGAGCGUGUUGGGUGCCACUGCCUGCUUGGAGCCUUUGUCCUCGGCUGCUGCCUCCCGCUUCCAGCGCUUGAGCCAGCUUGCCCGCGCCGCCAACAUUGAUCUCCCGCCAGGUGAUAACCGCACAGAGAAAGCUGCCCAGCGUAUUCAGAAGGCCGUGCGCCGCAGGCGCCUCCAGCGAACCGAAACAGUGCUCGCCUCGGAUUUCGAGCUGCUUCCCUCAACAUGGUGUGGCAUCGAUGAUCAGCCAGUGCCGGUCCUCACUAAGGUGUGCCACGGCUGCUCGGGUGUCUUGCUAGUUGAUGCCUCUGUUGCCAAUCCGCAGGAUAACGCCCUUUUGCAGAACAUGUGCUCAGAGGCAUUGUGCUUGGUCGUUCCAGGCCACAAGUGUCCAGAUCCGGACACGUGUUCCGGGACUUGCAAUGCGCCGGUGCAGCACCGUGGAACUGGCAAAAAACACCUGUUGGCCGCUUGUUACCACAAUGUCGGUGAGACGGACAUCCGCCCCUUCAGUGAGCAUUCCGUUCAGGUUGACCUGGGGGAUACGGUCUGCUGCUCCUUUGCCAUGUACCAGGAUGAGACUCCUUCCGAUGACGUCUGGCAGGACAUCUCUAAGGCCCCGGUUCGUGCUGUGGCAGACCGCUUCAAAUCGCAGGGGAUCGCUCAACCCCUCUCCCAACCGUGGGGGCGGUCCUUUCGUUGCAAUGGGCGCCCGUGCCAGCCCCACUUGUGUGAUUCCUUGAUGUUCCAUGCCAAAGUGCCCGGCCACAUCCUCAGCAAAGUGCUCCAGUGCAGCGGGUUCAACCGGGUGUACGUUUUGCCCCGUACUUGGGACCGCCAGUUGCUGGCAGGGUGGUCCGUCAUAUGGCUCAAAUGUGGCCGUGCCGAGGUGGAAAAGCAAGCCCUCCUUGUCCCUGGCCAGCACGGCAUCGUUCGUGGCAAGUCGAAGUAUGGCCUUCGGGUGAGUGCCACAGCCUUCGCAAAAGUGUUCCAACAAUUGCGUCCAGGUGAGCCCGUCCCUAUCGCCGUCGAUACAAAACUGCUUUUCAAGGUGGGCCCGCUGCCACCUGCGGCUCCGGCCGAUGCACUGGUUGAAUGGGCGAGCCGUCUUCCAUGGCAGAUCAAAGUGCUCAAAAACCUUGGCCCAAGGUUCUGGCUUGUCGGGGCCCCGCAAGCGCCUCCCACGUGCACUGCCCGUUUCAAUGAGUCUAUGGUCCUGAUCUCUGCUGUCAAGAGCAAAGACGUUCGAGCACCGGUGGUGCAGGCAGGCGGUUCCGUUCCCCGUGCCCCGGCUAAGACACCUGCCCCGACUGAUGUGGAUCCUUGGCUGGAAAGUGAUCCGUGGAGCACCUACCGCACUUCGCAAACGCCCUCCUCCCAGGCUUCCGCUCCGGCACUUGCCGCGCCUUCUUGCGUCGAUCUUCAGGUUGCAGGUCGCCUUCAGGAGCAGGAUGGCAAGAUUGCAGAGCUUGAGCGCUGCAUUGGCCAGUUGCGGGACGAACAGCGCCAGGCGCAUCACGACUGGCAACAGGACCGCCAGGCUAUGUCGCAGGAUCUGGUUAAUGUGCGCAGUGAGGUCCAAGGACUGGGGGCAGGCUUGCAACAGCAACUUAAAACCAGCAUUGACAGUCUCCGGGCUGCUCAGGCCCAGCAGGACCUGCAAAUGAACCAGGGCAUGGCUGAGCUCAAGUCGUUGUUGUUGGCACAAGCUGAACACAAGAAGCCCCGCCUGACUGGGGACUCGGACCUGUGA